GAAGUCAGCGGGAGAAAUCCCACGUGUCACUUCCUCUGGGAGCUGCAGAGGGCGGAGCUAGAAUGUCACAAUCAGCUGGAGAAGCAAUCACUAGAGACUCCCGGUAGACACGCACACAUGCACACACCUACACACAAACACACACACACACACACACACACAGUCACACACAAACAAACCUGACCCAUUUCCCAUAGAUGCUCAGCAACACACAGACAGGAUUCAUCUAAUUCUUCUGACUGUAGACAAAACAACAUACUCAGCUAACAAUUCUAGAGAGAGAGAACGUUUUUGUAAUGUUCCCCUAAUGUUUGAGUGUCCAGUUUUCUGUUAGUUAGGGGAACAUUCUACUAUGUUAGCAAAAACCUUCUGAGAACGUUUUUAAAAAAGUUAGGAGAACAUUCCCUUAAUGUCAAACAGAACUUAUGUACACACACACACAUCUACACACACACACACACACACACACACAUCUACACACACACACACACACACACACACACACACACACACACACACACACACACACACACACACACACACACACACACACACACACACACACACACAAGUCAGACAUGCAUGAGUGUUUGUGAGUGUGUGUUCACUUCCUGAAUGUGUGUGUGUGUGUGUGUAUGUGUGUGUGUGUGUGUGUACGUGUGUGUGUGUGUGUACGUGUGUGUGUAGGCUGUGGUGGUCUAUGGGACAACAUCUCAUGUUGGGCCCCAGCAGCAGUAGGGGAGGAGGUGACUCUCUCCUGCCCCCCUGCUCUCACACACCUCUUCGGACGACACGGUAAGCACACAUCCAUCCCUCCAUACCUCCAUAAUUCCAUCAACCAUACUGUACAUCCUCCUUAUAUUCAUGUUUGUUCUCUCUGUUAGGUGCCUUCAGUAGGAACUGUACAGAGGCUGGCUGGUCUGACGUCUACCCAAGCAUCAGCACCGUCUGCUGGUCCAGCGACACCAAACCUAACAAG